CUUCAGAAAUCCUUUAUUGCCCCUUCCUCAGGAAGAAUCUGUUUUCAAGCUGGAUGUAAGCUGGACGACCUUCUGAUGGGCUUUGAACUUUGAACUGGAUGUGGACAUCUUGCUCUCAGAUGACAGAAUCACUUCAACUUCCCCUUUGCAGCAGCUUCCUUCCCUUGGAGGUAGCUGUAUCUUGUUUUCUGUAAAAAAAAAAAAACCUUUCCUUCCCAAGUUGCCUGCCAUGCCAACUGUCAUCAGCGCGUCUGUGGCCCCACGGACUGGGGCUGAGCCCAGGUCCCCAGGACCAAUCCUCCACCCAGCCCAGGGCAAGACCACGGAGGCUGGGGGUGGAAAUUCAAGCGGCAUCUAUUCGGCCAUCAUCAGCCGCAAUUUUCCGAUUAUCGGAGUGAAAGAGAAGACAUUUGAGCAGCUACACAAGAAAUGUCUAGAAAAGAACGUUCUGUAUCUGGAUCCUGAGUUCCCACCGGAUGAGACCUCUCUCUUUUAUAGCCAGAAGUUCCCCGUCCAGUUCGUCUGGAAGAGACCUCCGGAAAUUUGCGAGAAUCCUCGAUUUAUCGUUGGUGGAGCCAAUAGAACUGACAUCUGCCAAGGAGAUCUAGGAGACUGCUGGUUUCUCGCAGCCAUCGCCUGCCUGACUCUGAACGAGCGCCUGCUUUUCCGAGUCAUACCCCAUGAUCAGAGUUUCACUGAAAACUACGCAGGGAUCUUCCACUUCCAGUUCUGGCGCUAUGGAGACUGGGUGGACGUCGUUAUUGAUGACUGUCUGCCAACUUACAACAAUCAACUGGUUUUCACCAAAUCCAACCACCGCAAUGAGUUCUGGAGUGCUCUGCUGGAGAAGGCCUAUGCUAAGCUCCAUGGCUCCUACGAAGCCCUGAAAGGUGGGAACACCACAGAGGCCAUGGAGGACUUCACAGGAGGGGUGACUGAGUUUUUUGAGAUAAAGGAAGCUCCCAGAGAAAUGUACAAGAUCAUGAAGAAAGCCAUCGAGAGAGGCUCCCUCAUGGGCUGCUCCAUUGAUGAUGGGACGAACAUGACCUAUGGGACGUCUCCUUCUGGUCUGAACAUGGGGGAGUUGAUUGAACGGAUGGUGAGGAAUAUGGAUAACUCACGGCUCAGAGACUCAGCUCUUGACCCCAGAGGCUCAGAUGACAGACCACUUCGGACUAUUGUUCCGGUUCAGUAUGAAACAAGAAUGGCCAGUGGGCUGGUCAAAGGUCAUGCCUACUCAGUUACAGGGCUGGAGGAGACCCUGUUCAAAGAUGAGAAAGUGAAGCUGGUGCGACUGCGGAACCCCUGGGGCCAGGUGGAGUGGAAUGGCCCUUGGAGUGAUGGUUGGAAGGAAUGGAGCUUUGUGGACAAAAAUGAGAAGGCCCGUCUGCAGCACCAGGUCGUUGAGAAUGGAGAGUUCUGGAUGUCAUAUGACGAUUUCAUCUACCAUUUCACAAAGCUGGAGAUCUGCAACCUCACAGCCGAUGCUCUGGAGUCUGAUAAGCUCCACACCUGGACUGUGUCUGUGAAUGAGGGCCGCUGGGUGAGGGGCUGCUCUGCCGGAGGCUGCCGCAACUUUCCAGACACCUUCUGGACCAACCCGCAGUACCGUCUGAAGCUGCUGGAGGAGGACGAUGACCCUGACGACUCCCAGGUGGUCUGCAGCUUCCUGGUGGCCCUGAUGCAGAAGAACCGGAGGAAGGAGCGGAAGCUGGGGGCCAACCUCUUCACCAUUGGUUUUGCCAUCUACGAGGUUCCCAAAGAGAUGCAUGGGAACAAGCAGCACCUGCAGAAGGACUUUUUCCUAUACAACGCCUCCAAGGCGAGGAGCAAAACCUACAUCAACAUGCGGGAAGUGUCCCAGCGCUUCCGCCUGCCGCCCAGCGAGUAUGUCAUCGUCCCCUCCACCUAUGAGCCCCAUCAGGAGGGAGAAUUCAUCCUCCGGGUCUUCUCGGAGAAGAGGAACCUCUCUGAGGGUGUUGAAAGUACAAUCUCUGUGGAUCGGCCACUGAAAAAGAAAAAAGCCAAGCCAAUCAUCUUCGUUUCGGACAGAGCAAACAGCAACAAGGAGCUGGAUGUGGACCACGAAUCAGAGGGCAAAGACAGAACAAGCCCUGAUAAGCCAGAGAAAUCCCCACAGCCAUACACCAGCCACAGUGACCAGGAAGGUGAGGAACUGCAGCAGUUCCGGAAUAUCUUCAGGCAGAUAGCCGGCGACGAUAUGGAGAUCAGCGCAGAUGAGCUCAAGAAUGUCCUUAACACAGUUGUGAACAAACAUAAGGACCUGAAGACACAGGGGUUCACGCUGGAGUCCUGCCGGAGCAUGAUCGCCCUCAUGGACACAGACGGCUCUGGGAGGCUGAAUCUGCAAGAGUUUCAUCACCUCUGGAAGAAGAUUAAGUCCUGGCAGAAAAUUUUCAAACACUAUGAUGCAGACCAGUCUGGCACCAUCAACAGCUAUGAGAUGCGAAAUGCAGUCAAUGAUGCAGGGUUCCACCUCAACUGCCAGCUCUAUGACAUCAUCACCAUGCGCUACGCGGACAGGCACAUGAACAUCGACUUCGAUAGCUUCAUCUGCUGCUUCGUCAGGCUGGAGGGCAUGUUCAGAGCUUUCAAUGCAUUUGACAAGGAUGGAGAUGGUAUCAUCAAGCUCAACGUUCUAGAGUGGCUGCAGCUCACCAUGUAUGCCUGAACCAGGACGGCCUCUCCAAGGCCAUCAGGAUGACUCAGGAUUUCAGUUUUAGCCAACACUGCUAGAACCACUUACCUCAAAGGAGCUGGUAGCUGUACCCCAACAGGCCUCCAGGCACCUCUUUCUCGUUCCUCUUCCACUUAAUCCCUCAAGCGGCUUCCCAGCAUCUGUUAUCUUUCAUGCUCAGCCUGAUCCUUUAGUUAUGGAAUGCAGUAGGGAGAACUUUGUUCCUUUAUCACAGGGAGACAAGCACCUCCGAGAUUUGCUCCCAUUCUGAGAUGACUUGGCUCUGAACUAAAUGCAAAGGUUUUGACCCCUCCUGAGCUGUCUGCAGGGCCUUUGCCGAUGGCAGAGUCCCCGGGUGGUAUAAGCCUCAUUUGGCUGGCAGUUCGAAUCCAUCCAGAGGUGCCUCAGAAGAAAGGCCUGGCAAUCUACUUCUGAACAAUGACAGCCAUUGAAAACCCUAUGGAGCACCGUCCUCGGCAACACAUGGGGUCAACACGAGUUGGAACGGCCUUGAUGGCAACUGGCUGGUUCGGUGGUUCCUUGUGCUGAGCCCUCCGUCACCAUUACGUGAGCCCACCCAUGGAACAGGAACCCAACUGACACUGGUUCUGCCUGUUUCAGGCGGGCCCACUCUAGGGUAAACCAGCUCAGCGGGACAAGGCUGAUACUUCGGGUUGUCCCACGCAUAGUCUGGCUACAUUCUGACAAGUGCUGUCUGAAUAAAGGCAUGUGUAUGGCUAUUUUCCUUGUGUUUUGUCUUCUUACACUUAGAUAGCUGCCACAGCAGGACUGAAUGGCUUCCAAUCUUACACUAUUUUAUCACAAUUUCAGAACAGAACAAUGGAAAAAACAGACCCCUCCCCCUCAAAAAACAAAACAGAGAAACCCCAGAACUUACUUUAAUCGUGCCUGUGGCUAUUUAUUGAGCAUAGGA